CUGCUGGCUGGCCCGCUCUAGUCCGUGCGCGCGCCCCUGGAGAAAGGCGGAAGCGGAAGUCGGGGGCGCGCCGGCUCGGAGCUGGAGUGCCGCGGCGUCGGAUCGGCUUCGGGGUCGCCAUGGGGCGCGGCAGCGGCACCUUCGAGCGUUUGCUAGACAAAGCAACCAGUCACCUUCUACUGGAGACCGACUGGGAGUCCAUCCUGCAGAUCUGUGAUCUGAUCCGCCAGGGGGACACACAAGCAAAAUAUGCUGUUAGUUCCAUCAAGAAGAAAGUCAAUGAUAAGAACCCGCAUGUGGCCUUGUACGCCCUAGAGGUCAUGGAGUCUGUGGUGAAGAACUGUGGGCAAACAGUGCACGACGAGGUGGCCAACAAGCAGACCAUGGAGGAGCUCAAGGAGCUGCUCAAGCGGCAGGUGGAAGUCAGUGUGCGCAGCAAGAUCCUCUACCUGAUCCAGGCCUGGGCACAUGCUUUCCGCAACGAGCCCAAGUACAAGGUGGUGCAGGACACCUACCAGAUCCUGAAGGUGGAAGGACACGUCUUCCCAGAGUUCAAAGAGAGCGAUGCCAUGUUUGCUGCAGAAAGAGCUCCCGACUGGGUGGAUGCUGAAGAGUGUCACCGCUGCAGGGUACAAUUUGGGGUGGUGACUCGCAAGCACCACUGCCGUGCGUGCGGCCAGAUCUUCUGCGGCAAGUGCUCCUCCAAGUACUCCACUAUCCCCAAGUUUGGCAUCGAGAAGGAGGUGCGUGUUUGCGAGCCCUGCUACGAGCAGCUGAACAAGAAGUCAGAAGGGAAGGCUGCCUCCACCACUGAGCUGCCCCCGGAAUACCUGACCAGCCCCCUGUCCCAGCAGUCCCAGCUACCCCCCAAGAGGGAUGAGACAGCUCUCCAGGAGGAAGAGGAGCUGCAGCUGGCAUUGGCCCUGUCGCAGUCAGAGGCUGAGGAGAAGGAGAGGAUGAGACAGAAGUCCACUUAUGCCACAUACCCCAAGGCCGAGCCAGCCCCUGUGGCCUCGUCUGCGCCCCCAGCUAGCAGCCUGUACUCCUCGCCUGUGAACUCGUCAGCGCCCCUGGCUGAGGACAUUGACCCAGAGCUCGCCAGGUACCUCAACCGCAACUACUGGGAAAAGAAGCAGGAGGAUGCCCGCAGGAGCCCCACACCAUCUGCACCUGCACCCAUGACAGAGCCUACCACCCAGCCUGGGGAGGGGCACACGGCCCCCACUGCCACACUGGAGACCUCCCUUCCAGAAGUGGACUCCCAGCCCAUGACUUCCUCCAGUGGCCCCUAUAGUGAGCAAUACCAGAAUGGGGAGUCUGAGGAGAGCCAUGAGCAGUUCCUGAAGGCCUUGCAGAAUGCUGUCACCACCUUCGUCAAUCGCAUGAAGAGCAACCACGUCCGAGGCCGCAGCAUCACCAAUGACUCGGCUGUGCUCUCGCUCUUCCAGUCCAUCAAUGGCAUGCACCCCCAGCUCCUCGAGCUGCUCAACCAUCUGGAUGAGCGCAGGCUGUACUAUGAGGGGCUGCAGGACAAGCUGGCACAGAUCCGCGAUGCCCGAGGGGCCCUCAGCGCCCUGCGGGAGGAGCACCGGGAGAAACUGCGCAGGGCUGCCGAGGAGGCCGAGCGCCAGCGCCAGAUCCAACUGGCUCAGAAGCUGGAGAUCAUGCGGCAGAAGAAGCAGGAAUACCUGGAGGUGCAGAGGCAGCUGGCCAUCCAGCGGCUACAGGAGCAAGAAAAGGAGCGGCAGAUGCGCCUGGAGCAACAGAAGCAGACCAUCCAGAUGCGGGCCCAAAUGCCAGCCUUCUCGCUGCCCUAUGCCCAGCUCCAGGCCAUGCCUGCGGCAGGGGGCGUGCUGUACCAGCCCUCGGGUCCCACAACCUACCCAGGUACCUUCAGCCCGGCCAGCUCAGUGGAAGGCUCCCCCAUGCACACCCUGUACAUGAGCCAGCCCGCCGCAGCCGCCAGUGGCCCCUACCCUAGCAUGCCUGCUGCUGGAGCAGACCCCAGCAUGGUGAGUGCCUACAUGUACCCUGCGGGAGCCACCACUGCCCAAGCUGCCCCACAGGGCCCCACUGGACCCACAGCCAGCCCAGCAUACUCGUCCUACCAGCCCACUCCCACACAGGCCUACCAGACUGUGGCCUCACAGGCCCCGCAGAGCCUCCCGGCCAUGCCCCAGCCCCCACAGUCUGGUGCCAUGGGCUACCUGGGGAGCCAGUCUGUAUCCAUGAGCUACCAGCCUUACAGCAUGCAGAAUCUCAUGACCACCCUCCCCAGCCAAGACACAUCGAUGCAGCCUGCACAGCAGGCCUACAUCACUGCGCAGCAGCCCCUGUACCAGCAGGUGGCACCCUCUGGUGGCCCGCCGCAGCAGCAACCCACCAUGGCCCAGCAGGCCCCUGCACCGGGGCCACCCGUCCACAGCAGCGAAGCCCAACUCAUCUCCUUUGAUUAAUUGACCUGGGCAGGACAUGUUCUCACAGUAACACUACGCUUCCAACACCACCUCCGUCUCUAACUGGCAUCAUCCUCCCUCCUGGCUCUCUUACUCUCUGUGGUGUGUCCUGUCACCCCACCCUCCUCUCUCCUCUCUCUGUCCUUGCCUGCUGGCUCUGUGUUCUGGUCACUGGCUCCUGCUUGGCUCCCUGGCUUGGCCUCUCUCCCCAGGGCCAAGCCUCAGGGAUGAAGGUGGGAGGGAAGCCCAACCCAGGACUGGGUCUGCCGAGGGCCAAUUGAGGGAGUCCCUCUGCCCAGUUCCACCUGCGUCUUCCUACUCCCACCUGUGAGACCUUGGGGUCCGUGGACUGUGACCGGUGUGAGCACUCCUGAGCCCUCCCGCAUGGCCCCUAGGCUGCCGGCUGUCAGCAGGGAUGCCUCCAACCCUCACAGCAGAGGGCAGGGAUUGCCUCCAGCUUCUCCAGCUUCUGAGCUGCCAUCUUCCUCAGUGCCCCAAGUAGAUGGAGUGAAGCAGUGACAAUAAAUUGUCUUUCAACAAGUA